AUGGAAGAUGAAGUUAAAGUCCAGGUAUGUUUGUUAUUUUUGUGUUUCUUUUGACCAUGUUGGACACUGAGAGGUUGUUUAAUACAUUCUGGAACUAGUUAAAACAUUAAUUUUAAAUAAAUUGAUUCAAAGCAGUCAUUUGAGCAAGCAGGUAACAAUUUUCGCUGAAUUUCAAAAAUUUUGAUUGAGUUUCAGCUCUAAAGUUGGAUAAAUUUGACGUUAAUAGUGUAUUACACAAUAUAUUUUAGUUUUGUUUUGAUGAAGUUAGUGUUUUAUGCUUAAAACAAUGGUAUACUUUCUUAAAAUGGCUUUUAGGUAACAGCCGAUUCUGAUUUUGUCAAUUCUGACAGUUUCUCCCAUUGUUCCUCGGAUGAAGAUGUGAAGGAACAUACAGAAGCCUCGUCGUCUGGUUUCUUUGAAGUUUGUGAUGCUAUUGACAAAUUCAACGAAAGUCAAUUGCGAAGAUCGCAAAGGCCAAGGAAGAAGAAGAUUAUUGAUGAAGAGGAGCCAUUGAGUGAAGUAGAAUCUUCCGAUGGAGAUUUUAAUGUUAGUGAGAAGCUGAAGAACUUGGAUUUGUGGAGGUUUAAUCGAUCCAAGAAGACCGAAGUUUACAGAGUAAGAUUUUAUUGUAUUUUUGUUGAUUUAGGUAAAGGAUACGAAAUCUGCGAAAAAAGUAUUUCAGUUUGUAGGUUAUUGUAAAGUAGACAAAAACGACUUUUUUAUAGUUGCUUUUUUGCAUUUGUCGGGUUUAUUACUUAAAAUAAACGGCAAGUUUAGGUAUCGUCUGGUUUGCAAUUUGAGGAGACUUCUGACACCGAAGACGCUGAGCUAACUCAAUUUCUACGCACUGGGGUUUUCAAAAAGUGUUAUGAAUCGAGUCCGAAAGACCUGUUUGAUGUAAAGAAAGUUCCUGGAACGACAUUGAACACAACCAUAAAUGACGUCAUAAAGAAGAGCUGGCUGGAUGAUGGGGUCAAGGAGGUGAUGAAGGAGGUUGUGAACAAUGUUUUGUCACAUAACAUGAGUGUGAAGAGAGCUGUCAAACAGUACAAUCUUGACUGGAUGGAGUUGGAUUCUGUUUUGAGUGCUAUCUAUGAGGUCUUUGGGUAUGACGAAUAUGGCUUCAAGUCAAAGGAGAUACGGUAAUAUAACUUACUUUGUUUUAGGCUAUACCUACAUUGGUGAAGUUGUUUUGGUAAGACGUUAACGAUUUUUCUUUUAGAUUACCCGAUACUAAUGUCGAUUUUGGAGGACUGAUCAAACCAUUGAGGAAGAAGGUACCUAAAAAGAAUGUCACUUCGACGCCAAAGAAGUUUAUGGACUUUGAUGGCGUAGAGGAGGUAUCAAAGGAAGCAGAAAGCAAGAUGUUCGGUAAUAGCAAGAGGAAGUCGGUGAACAACUUUUCGAUUCUGGGCAAACAAGCCAAUGGAAGAAAGUACGCCAGGUACGGUAUCUACAUACCUAAACAUUGGAAGAAACAUAAAGAAGGUAAGAUUAAGCAAUGUCAUACAUAUUCUUUGAAGUUUACCAUAUUGUUUUACUUUUUGUUUUUAUAAAGUAGGUAAAAAAAUUGUACCCAUAGUGUAUGCAAGGUGCUUCGUUUUUUUAGAUUCACUUUUCAAGGGCUGACGUAAUAUAUUUAUUAACCUAUUUGGUUUGUUUUCAGCAAUUAAAGCCGGGAUUUGUCGCUCAUUGGAGUUUCACAACUACAGAAGUCACAAGAUGGCCGAGAGGAAAGUGAAGGUUGAGGACAAGUACCUGGCCAUAGAAGAUAUCCUUCUGAACGGUGGUAGUGUUAAGCAGAAUUCUGUCAAAUACGAUGUGAGUUGUGGACUAUUGUUUUUACAUUGAGCACAAUUUUUUAAUUUUACUUUUUAGUGAAUUUCUUGAUUAACCUUGUUUUAGAUCAACUACUCGACCUUGCAAAACUUUUCGCAUCGAGCGAUCUACGUGGUCUCAAAAGUUUUAGGAGAGACGGCGAUGCUAUCGAGUACGAUAAGAAGAAGAGAAGAAGGCUGGUCUUGGGAGGAGAUCUUCCGCGAAUCAGUGAAGGAUGCCCCCAGUUGUUGUGUUAGAGUGUUCUUCGACAGACACUAG